CGAUAAACACAAUCUCGACAAUUAUUCCAAUCUGGCGUCCAAUAUUCCCUUCCGUUUCAAGGCCGGAGGCAACGGCACUAUGGCUCCAUCUGCGCAGUCCCACUCGCAUAGGAGUACGACGAAAGGUACACAGAAAGGGUUUAAAUCCAGGAAGGCCACUAAGGGCGCAUUGAAGGAAAUUUCUAAAGGAAAGCUUGCAGAUCUCGGUCACCGCAAGACGCCUCAUCAACAAAUGAUGUCGAAGUUUGACCGUCGCAAUCAGAACAAACAGAAGCAGCUGAACAAGCACAAGGAACAUUUGAGGGACACCAAUGUCUUUGCGGGUCGUGACGGCGCACCACGGAUUGUAGCUGUUAUCCCAUUGUGCGAAGAUGGAGAUGCUGCUGCAGCAGUGCGCCUGUUGAGUGGCAGUCUGGAUAUCGAAGCCGAGGUACCAGACGAGGGGCUACUGCGAACGGAUAUCGAUCGAUUCAAGCAGAAGAUACAAUACAUUGUGCUGCAGCGAGACUUGGUGGCUUGUCUGGAUGCUGGUAGAGUGGCAGAUUUCGUCAUAUUCAUUCUGUCUCCAGAUCAAGAGGUCGAUGCUCUUGGAGAACUCAUAAUUCGAAGCGUCGAAAGUCAGGGCUUGUCAACUCUUAUGACGGUCGUCCAGGGACUUGACAAGGUGGAACCGGCAAAGAGGAGGCCCCAGGUAUUGGCUUCGUUGAAGUCGUAUGUUACACAUUUCCAUCCGGACCAGGAGAAAGUACACAGCCUGGACUCAAGGCAAGAAUGUGCCAACCUCAUACGAUCGCUAUGCACGACAACACCGAAAGGCGUCCGAUGGAGGGAGGAUAGAAGCUGGAUGCUUGUGGAUGAUGUACAGUGGCCGGAAAAUGAGCAAGAUAAUGUUGUUCUUACGGGAGUUGUCAGAGGCAAGGGUUUGAAAGCAGACAGACUUGUCCAGGUUGGAGACUGGGGUGAUUUCCAGGUUGAGAAGAUUACUGCGGCACCUUUGACUUCGAAAAAGAGGAGGCAGGACGAGAUGACAGUAGACGAAGCCGAUGCAGAGAAUGUGCUUGAUACCCCAACGAUGGACCAGGACGAUAUUGCAGACUUGGCUCCAGAAGAGAUCAUGAUGGAUGAUGAUCUUGAUGCCACAAUGUCGGUAGCAACAAGCGACAAGCGUGGAGUGCUUUUAGACGACCAUCACUAUUUCUCAGACGAUCAAACGCAUAUGCCGGCGAAGCCCAAACGAUUGCCGAAGGGUACAUCAGCAUAUCAAGCAGCAUGGUAUUUGGGGGACAACUUCUCUGAUUCCGGAUCUGACUAUGAAGAUGUCGAUGAGCAGGGUGACUUUUCUAUGGGUGCACCAGCUUUGCCACAAGAUGGAGUUGAAGGAUUUGCACCACGAGAGCCCACUGAAUUUGCUCCUACAGAAUACGCAAAGUCCGAGAUGUUCCUUGACCCAACACCAGAUGAUGAGGCAGAAGCGGAGCAACUUGCAGCGUUCAGAAAUCGGAAUGUGGAUGAGGCAGAGGACGAUCGUGAAUUUCCAGACGAGAUCGAGUUACAUCCUCAUGUCCUUGCUCGGGAAAGGCUGCUUAAGUAUCGUGGAUUGAAAAGUUUGCGUGAGAGUCACUGGGAGGAAGCUGAAGACAGAGCUUAUGAGCCGGAAGACUGGCGAAGACUACUUCAAGUGCCUGAUUACAAGUCCACGAGAAGUCAAGUUACGAGAGAAGCCUUGAUCGGCGGCGUACAAGCUGGCACUCGAGUUCAUAUCCAUCUUCGCAACGUUCCCAGUUCUCUUCGAUCAUCUCACAAUCCAUCCCGCCCGCUAAACCUUUUCUCCUUACUUCGCCACGAACACAAGCGCUCAGUUCUCAACUUCAACUUUACGUUGAGCACCGACUACACGACUCCUAUCAAAGCCAAGCAGGAGAUGAUCAUGCAAUGUGGUCCUCGACGCUUCGUCAUAAACCCUCUCUUCUCACAAGGAGGCAACACAUCCAAUGAUGUCCACAAGUUCGACCGCUUCUUGCAUCCUGGUCAAUCGACAAUAGCGACGUUUGUCGCACCCAUGACUUGGGGUUCUGUGCCAACACUCUUCUUUAAGCGUAACAUCCCCAGCGAAGAGAACUCCUCCCCACUUCCCCUCACCCUUCUCGGAACCGGUACUUCGAUGGCACCAUCCUCCUCUCGCGUAAUCGCUAAACGUAUCAUCCUUACGGGUCACCCGUACAAAAUCCACAAGAAGCUCGUGACAAUUCGCUACAUGUUCUUCAACCGCGAAGACGUCGAGUGGUUCAAAGCAUUACAGUUGUGGACGAAGCGAGGUCGCAGUGGGUUUAUCAAGGAGAGUCUGGGUACACAUGGUUAUUUCAAGGCUACCUUUGAUGGGAAGAUCAAUCCUCAGGAUUCUGUUGGUGUCAGUUUGUAUAAGCGUAUGUGGCCAAGGACUGCCAGGGUUUGGAAGCCGGAGGAAUUGGUUGCUGGGGAGGGCGAUGUGGCUAUGGAGGUUGAUGAUGUUGUUUAGAUGGGUUCAAGGACUGGAGUUAUAUAGGGCUAGGAUGUCCCUUAGACAAAAAUGGCAUCUGACGAAUCGAAAUGACGUGCUUUAGCUGGAGUCAAGAACCAUCUGGACUGAUUUUGGACAUAUGGAUUUGAUUUCCAUGGAGCUGCUCGUAACAGAUCCAAAUUCCCUAAGUAGAAAUAAGCAUCAAUUCCUCUGGACAACAAAAUCUCGCCAAGCAUGUUGUUACAUCUCCUUAUCUAAGCGAGGUAUGGACCGCACAAGCUGAGCUGCCAGCAAAAAUAAAUCGUGUAAACCGAAUCCCUCCCGCCCUUCGCUCUUUCACUAUUUAGAUGCUAAAUACCAUUCAUACAUCCGCUAUACCAAGCCACAAUUUCCCAUAUCUACAGCACAAAAGUGCGCUCGCCAAAAGGGUAAAAAAUGAGGUGUCCGAGAUAUUCUCGGGGACAUGAACUCGAAGAACUGGAUAUGCUCUCUGACGGGGAGUCGAACCCCGAUCUCCCGCGCUUUGUCUGUUAUGACAAGCGGAAAUCAUGACCGUUAGACCAUCAAAGAUGUUUGCUUUGAAGCUGUUCAUGUCGGAGAUGUUCUUAUUUGAGCAUAUACGAGCAUUACUAGCGAC